CACCCAUCGGGCGAAUGUGGCAUAAUUAGCCAACCGACCCUUUUUAAUUUGCAAGGCAGGAGCACGUCCCUUAUUUGUACUCGCUCCCAGCGCCUCCUCUUCCUAAGGCGUACGGUGUGGGAAAUAAGGGAAUCAGAGUCCUUCGUUAAAUGAAAUCAAGAUAACGGGAACGAGAAGAAUGGCGACGUUUCCUCUGAAUCGACUCAGACUCCGGCCACCCUCUUUACUUCCACUGAUAUGGCCGCCGAGACAUUCACGCCUCUGCCGCCGCCUCCUGCAGCUCUACUUGACUUGCCGUGUUUACUGGUUACGCUCACCAGAUAUUCGGGGUUUGGUCUGUGAAGGUUCGUUCGAUUGCUUGGAAACCAGUCAAGUUAGUCGAGUUAGAAGCUUUCCUCAAGUAGAUGGCUAUUAUGCUCUUCAUGUUUACAUUCCAGUUCAUAUACCAUCAGCACCAAGGAAAGGAAGGAGUUAGCCCAGUUUUUGGAAAGAGUAGCUCUUUUACAUGAUCUCAAAUCUCAAUGUUGUUGAUAUUGAUGUACCGUUGAGUAAUUUAGUAAGAGACAAAGGGGGUAAGCUUGAGCAUGUUGCCUUAGGUAAGGAAUUUCAUGUAAGUUUGGGAAGGACUGUUCCAAUUCGAGUGCACCAGAUUAAUUUAGUAGUCUCAAUGCUUUGUCAUAGGCUACAAUUUCAGCGAUGGUAAUGCAGUGCCUUCUAUGUUACCUGUAUGUGGAUGGUGCACCUUGAUCAGGGGCGGACCAUAGUAGAGACCCAAAAUUAUUUUUUUGUGUAUAUAUACACGAAAAAUAAUUUUCGCCCCCUAAAGUUUUUUUUUAUAUUACCGCCCUCCGAAGAUGAAUUUUCUGGGUCCGCCCAUAACCUUGAUCAUAGGAUGAUUUUUUCAGCUGAUUUCCAAUGUAAUUAGAAAUAAUUAGACAUGUAUGACUAAAAUGAAAAUUAUUUACAAAAAUAUGUUCAAUUUUUAAACUUAAGUUACUAUAACACUGCAUUGUAGUAACUAAUAGUCAUAUUUAUGUAAAUAAGUUUUAAUUUAGUAAUAUUUUUAUAAAAAAGCCCAUGUAAUUAUUGCUAAAAGGUAUUGGACAAAUUUUAACAAAUGGGAGGUCUUUGACUCUUUGUGAAUAUGAUGAUGGCUCACACACGUUUUUGUCAUUGGAAGAUGUCACAGGAGGCUUAUUUGAGGUAUGACAGGGAAACAUGCAAUAACCUAGUAGGCUUUGUUAGCUUUUGACUGAUUUCAUUUGAAUCUUGAAAUAUGUUUCAUUACUUUCAUUAUGGUCUUCAACUGGGCUAUUAUGAUUUUGAACUUAAUUGCAUUAGGAUAAUUGAUUUUGUUAGUUUUUUUUUCAGUUUGAAGCCUUUUAUGCUAUUUGAUGAACGAAAAAAGAUCAAUUCAGUAUUGCUAAUCCUGUAUGGUCAAGUUUCAGUGAAGGGCCCUUUGUCUAACUCAAGAAAGAAGUGUUUCCCCUUAAACGCUUCUGUUGCAGCAAUAUCUCUUACUUCCCUCAAGAAUAUGAGGGGUUUUGGUUUGAAGGCUCAAAUCGAAUACUUCAUAUAAUCACCGCGUAUAAUCGCCGCUUAACUGGGCUCGACUGCUUCCUCAAACAUAACAAAUUUAUUUUAGAUAUUUUUUCACUCAUUUGUAGCAACUUAAACUAUUAGACAAAGAUCAAGAAAGAUAGAAAUAUGUAUAAGAACAUUAAAGAACUAAUCAUCUUUCAUGUUUAUCAUCAUUUUUUUCCAUUAUUACAAAUUUACAACAUACG